UUCAAACAUGGCGAAUUACAGCUUCAUACAGUAUUAUUACUAUUUAUAGGGUUGCGUGAAAUCGGGUUAUAGGUAUGAAUUCAAAACCAUAUUAUUUGGAAAAAGAACCAUUAAGGACGAAGGUGACCUUAAAGAUGUAAUUUUCUGCAAUGAAUUACUAUUGUGUGGGCGAAUGUCAAUUUGUGAGUUGGUACACCCAUUCUCCGGUUCAAUUUGUUGUACUGUAGAAUUUAGUUCUUUGUAAGUAAUUGAAGUGCCCACUGGGUUUGUGAAGAAGGUCGCUACCAUUGCUAGACCUUUUAGGAGGAGUGUCAAUUAAAGUGUAAUUAUCGUACAUUUAAUCGGCUUAAUUCUUGGAAAUGGCCCCCGUGGAUGAGAAUGGUAAUAAUUUUUUGCAUUACCAUAACAUAACCUCAAACGAAGUUAUCGCUGGAAGUAUUGAAAACAAUUUUACAUGAAUGGAGAUGUAGCUGCGGGGACAACUAGCAACCUUCCAUUACCACGAUAGUUCGUAUCGUGAAAACUAUUGAUAUAUUUCGAACAAUCAUGAAAAUAAAGAAAGAAGCCCUGUCGAGUUCAGGGAAUUUUAAUGAUAAUGAAGGUGCUUAUGAAAAGAACCCCAGUGAUAUUACAGAGCAUGAUUCGCCCAAUACAGUUUUACUCAAUGAAAGUGUACAAACCAGCCAUCUACCUGUUUCGGUGUCUGGAACGAAGGAGAAGAUCGUUCCGGAAAUCACUGUCAAAUCUCAGGAUGCAGCAUGUAGCACAAGUGAACCAUGGCACCAGGCAGGAAUUCUGCGCCAAGCUCUUUUAUCCAUCAAUUCGUCGGGACAGGUGGAAAAAUCAGAACCAAAUGUUAAUGUAGAAACAGUGUUGCCUAAAAUGAGAGACCAUCUACUUCCAAAUGUGGAUGACAUAAAGUUAACAAAAACUAGAUCUUCUGUACCAGUACCUGUUUCGAGUAGUUCACUUUCUUCUGCAUCAUUUUCCACAUCAAAUGAUUUUUCUGCACCAAUAACAUCCAUACCAGCAGUGACUUCUCCUUUCCCUUCACUUACUUUUGCAGCACUUUCUGCAAAUUCAUUAAAUUCUAAUUGUACAGUUCCUGUACAAGAUUCAACCUUGUCAAUAAUGACUCCACUUCAGCCAUGCAAUGUGCAUCAAAGAAGACUACCCAGCCCAUCAAAUGAUAUUCUUUCUAAUUCAUCAUCUGAUGCUGUUCCCAAUCCUGAUGCUGAUUCAUCUGUAUCUGUAGCAAGUGUUGACAGUAUAUCAUCUCUAGUUUCUGCAGUGCCAAGUUACACUGCUCCACCAAGUCUGUGUCAAGCAUUAGCAUCCUUAUCUUCUAAAGAUGAGGCAGUUACAGUGGUAUAUUCUUCUAUUCCAAAGGUGGAAACAGCAAGUUUUAUUCAUGGUAUUGAGAAAACUGUUCCCCUACCAUCAAUGUCAGAAGUGAAAUCUAGUUUAACAACACAUAUUGGUGUUUCUCCUCUAUCUGAGAGUAAAUCAUCAGAAAAUCAUCUCCACACUAAGGUUUCUGACACAUUAUCAAUCACUCCUAAUACUGAAUCUCAUAGUGAAGGAAUGGCUUAUAACAGCUUGCCCUCAACUGAUGUUAAUAAUGCUCUUAGCUCAAUCAAGGUGGAUGAACAACAAAAUGCAUCAGAGUUCGGAGGUGACACUAAUAUAUCUUUAUCAUCUGGAGCAGUUAAAUUUGGAGGUGAUAAUUCGGACAUUGCCUCUAGCAUUGUUAUUCCAGUGUCAUCGGACGUUAUAUUAACAAAGAUUGAUGGUCAAAAUUCAACGUCACAUCAGGAUAUUAGUCACAUUAUUACAAUUCCUUUACCAGCAUGUACUAUAUACAACAGUUCAUUGAGUAUACCAAUGCCAUUACCUUUAUGUAAUGGUACAGCCCCAGGUGCCUCUGUCCAGAUGACACCUGCAGUUGUUUCAAGUUUACCUUAUUCUAUUACAGGAAUUUCUAAUCAGUGUUGGCCAAGUUCUGCAGUUGCUUUGAAUGUUACUAGUACAUCAAAUUCACAACUAUCUACAUCAGUUACAACAAGUCUUCCUGUUUCUAUAAUGUCAGUAGCUCCCGCAGCUUCACUGCCAAAUAAUAAUAUGAUCCAUUUUGCUUCUAAUUCCAUUUCAUUGCCAACAACAUCCCAAGUCGCUAGUACUUCCAUAAAUGCUGCGCCACAAGAUCCUGUUUGUUAUACUGUUCAAUCACCUGCUGAAAUUCUUUCCCAAUUAUCAAAAGCCGGGGUACUGCCUGCAAUGAGUAGUAGUCAAGUAUCUUCAGUCUUGUCUGCUCUGGGAUCUGAUUCCCAUGUAGAUAUGGAUCCAGACUCUACAAAUCACAAUGAAAUAUUAAAUAAUCAGGUAUUACCAGGUGACAAAGUGUCCACUCUGACCCAAACAGACUCAUUGGAAAUGAAUAUGAUGCAGCAUGAUGAUAAAAUAAUUCAGCUUUUGAGUAGUCAACAAUUGUUGGAACAUCAGGUAAAUGGGUCCCAGCUAUUGAUGCCCAAUUCUAAUCAGCCACCAAAUCUCAGUGCUGAUACUUCUCUCAGUGGUGGCGAACUGGUGACAGCUGAUAUUACAGAACCCAAACAAAUUCCAUCACCGUUCCCAAGAAUUGUUGCUAUGGUUUUAAAUGCUCCGAGCGUAUGCAAUGAAAAGCUCUGUGUACCUGAUAGUAAUGUUGAAGACACUUUCAAAAAUGGUGAAAUUAGAACCAGUCACAGUGCAGAGUCUCGAACAGAACAUACUACUGACCACUCGGGUGAUAGUUUGCAAGAUUUCUUAGUGCUUCCUGGUAAUUCAAAACAACGCAAGCGUCCUAAGAGAACUAGUGCUCUUCGAGAAAUGUUGUUGGGUUUGAAUGAUACCUCUACUGAUAAAGAGUCCUUGGGCAAAAAGCCAAGAGGAAGACCUAAGAAAGUGAAAAGUCAGAAUGAUUCUUGUAUAAACAUAAGUAAUAAUAAUCACAGUAAUGCUAAAUCUUCAGGAAAUGAGGACUUGUUUUGUAAUGGUGAUGUUAGUUCUUCAUUCUCAAAAGAGAUUGGAUGUUACAAAUGUAAACAUUGCCCCUUUUUAAGUGUUGAGGAAACAAGCAUGGUGUCUCAUGUAAAAUUAAAACAUUGUACAGAAGUGCCGGAAGUGAGCAUUGUAAGGCAAGAGUUGAAAUGUCCUGGCUGCCCUAACGUGUUUUUCACCACUAAUUCAUUGGAAGUACAUCUUAAACAAGAUCACCAAGUGAGCACACCAGAAUUAAAAGCCAUUACUAGUUCUGCAAUUAAGGUGGCUACUGAAGGCAAAAUUAAUUUGCCUACAGUGAAGAAAAAGAAAAAGAAACCCUGCAGUAACAAUGAUGUUAAACAUUCACAAACUACAAAUGUGAAAAACUUAGCCAGCACAAGUGGUAGUCCUCAAGUCUUAGUUGAACCGAACAGUAACAUCACUGUGUUGGAUGUCUCUGAGACCUUAAUUAUGAGCACAAAUUGUAAAAGUGAUUGUGAGUUAAUUGCAAAUGAGAAAAAACUACAUAUUAAAAACCUUGAAAAUGAUGAGGGUAUGGAUAACCACAGUUACAACAUUAGAAAUAUUUCUGCCCAAAGCACCAACAAUGGAGAUUGCCUGAGUAAUAAGUCUCAAGACCAGAAUGAGCAAUUUCCUAAUAAAAGCAACUUGGUUUCAUUUGAUGGAAAUAUGACAAACUCUGGAAUGGUUAAGAAUGCUUUAGAGAAAGUAGCUGUUGAUGGAAAGGCAUCUGUUGUAGAACCAAAAAGAAAACGUGGGCGACCUAAAGGUUCCAGAAGUUCUACCCUAAUAACUGGUAUGAAGACAUCUUCAGACAAAGAUGGUAGUCGAUCACCAAAAAAGAAUAAUGUUGGUCACAGAUGCAAUGUUGACAACUGUGCUGUGACUAUGAGAUCACCAGAAAACAUAGAAUACCAUCGUGCAUGUCAUCAAGGUGCAGAAUUCCGUUGUCCGGAGUGCAGUCAUACACAUUGUCAUUGGAAUGGUAUGAGUACACAUCUGUGGCGUGCCCAUAUGGUUGAUAUGGAGUUAUAUACUUGUGAUCAGUGUAAUUAUAAGACAGUGAGCUAUGCAAAACUUAUAAACCUUCAUAAAUGGAUACAUGGGUCCGAACGACCAUUUCUUUGUGAUUCGUGUGGAAAAGGCUUUAAAAAUAGGAAACAGUUGCGUAACCACAAGACAAUUCAUCAGCCAAAGCAGACAAAGGUCGGUGAAUGUGAGAUUUGCAGCCGUACUUUUACAAAUACUCGAAUGCUUCGAAUGCAUCUUGAUAAUGUUCAUAAUAAGCUGAGGCCUCACCUUUGCAACUACUGUGGAUAUUCUGCAUCUUCAGUUAGCAGUCUUAAAAUGCAUAUGCGAAAACAUACAGGAGAAAAACCGUUUAGGUGCACUUUAUGUGAUUAUUGUACUGCUGAUCACAAUUCAUUACGACGUCACAAGAUGAGACAUACUGGUGAUAAACCAUACAAAUGUCCUCACUGUCCUUAUGCAUGUAUACAAUCGAGUACAUACAAAGCUCAUCUUAAAACUAAGCAUCCUGGAAUGGAUGAUGGACUUAUGUUCAGCUGCAAUUUGUGCUCUUUCCGUUCUAACAAAACAAAUACCAAAUUUAACAUGGAGGAACAACCUGAUUCAGUUAUUCAACUUGUAGAGUGCCAUCUUCAAAAUGGCAAUAGUGAGUGUUACUCAAUGGUGAAACUUGGGGGUAUGGAUUCAACUUCAGAUAUACAGUUUAAUAUUAUGAAGGCCUUCAAUUUUGAACAAUUUUUACGUUUUAGUGCAGAAGAACUUGUUCGGCGGCGGACGAAACUAGAUUUUAUUAUUCCUACAAAAGGCCCCAAGUGCUUCACCCCUAAUGGUUCCUGGCUUGAAACCAAGCAGUUACAGACUUUGUUGGAUGCAACUAAAGCGUUAAUAGCUGAAGAACGAGUAGAACGGGAAAAUGCUUUAGCCCAAGCAGAAUGGGAUGAGGAUUUGAAAGUGGCCAGAGUUACUCGUGUUGUGGGACGACAAUUUGAAAAAUUUGGCCAUGAAGAAAAUAUGACAAUAUUUUUAUAUCCAGAAGAAGCAUUAUAUUUGCUUGAAACUAAUCAUCUCCAACUUCUUUUUGGAGGAGUCAGUAUGAGUAUUCAGCAAGCUUAUACAAUUCUAUUAGGAGCAAAAACCGGCUGCAACUUUUUGGAAUACAUGGUAUUUUCACAUCUGUUGAAAAAUGGCUUUAAAAUUUUACGUCAUAGUGCAAAAAGAACUAUAACUCGUUACGAACGGUUAAUUGGUUUACACGUGGAACAGCCAAGGAAUAGAAAAUCGAGAAGAAAAUCCAUUGUACGUGAGCAUGAAAGUAGUUGUGAAAGCAAUUACAAGGAGUUAAAAACUGAUCAAAGAAUUCCAACGAAAAAUGAAAAACAAAUUCAGUGUGAAAAACUAGGUGUGGAAUUAUUUCCGAGUGUAUUAAAAGAAAUGUCUUCAGAUAAGAUUUGUGGUAUGCCUUCUGUUGGAGCAACAACUGAUAAUUCAAGUGUGGGAAGUGACAUUGAAAUAUUAAGUGAGAAAAAUGCAUGCAGACCUGAAGAGAUAUCGGAUUUUACAGCAUAUUCAUCAUCAGCAUCAGAAGAAGAAGAAGAAGAAGAUGAUUCUGAUUGUCAAGUAAUUGAGGAAAUAAAUACAGAAAUAAAUGGGUCGAAUACAGUUAGGAAGAAAUUUUCUAAUGAAAACAAAGUGAUAGAAGAAAUUAAUUUGAGUGAUAGUGAGAGUAGCAACGUAGCAUGUAGUAAUAUGGAAGGUCCCAGUAUUAAAAAUGAAGUCAAAUGCGAACUAGAAUUAUGUGAUUUUACAAAAGUGAAGGAGAAUGAAAUACAGGAUACGCACAUUAUUUCUAAUGCGAGUUGUGAUAGUGAGGAUGAUGUGAACAGAAAUUCUAGCCUAGUUGAAAAUUUUGUUUUGGAAACUAAUGAUUGUAGUGAUAGUUGUGUUGCAGGGCAAUUUAAUUCUAAUGAGUUAAUGGAAUCUCUGCGUGUAACUGAAGAACCACUGGUUGAACGAACUGUUGAAGAAAAUGAUAUCACUGCAGCUACUAUUGGGAAUGAAAAGCAAUUGUCGGAGUAUGAAAGUUGCAAUGAAAUGUCAGAGAGUAUUUCAGUUCUCAGCGAUGUAAAAGAAGAAAGCUGCAGUUCUGUAUCUACUCCAUUGCUGCGUGAAUCAGUGAUUCAGGUAAAUACUGCUGUUUCAUAUAAGAAGGAAAAUGAUGAUACAGUUGUUCUUAAAUCCCAUCACAAAGAAAAAGAAAUAGAAGUAAUUGACUUAGAUGACGAGAAUAGUGAAAGUGGCAUUUUUGAAGAUCGGAACACAAUUCUACUAUCGUUUCCAAACGUUGCAGGAUGCCAUAUAAUACGUUGUAAUGUUCCACCGCAGCGUCUGUGUCCUCCUAAUGUCUGUCCAAGUCAGCAAACAUACAACAUUGACUUAGAAAGAUUACAAGAUCCUAGAUAUGGAGGUAGUCCUAAAAAAAAAGGAAGUGCUUCUGAAAGAUAUCAACAUCAGUAUGCAAGACAUGAAAGUGCCAACCAAUCUAAUAUAUUUAGGUAUAAUACUGAUUCAAACAGGCUGUGUAAUAGAUACAAUAAUAAUAAUUUUAAUAAUAAUUAUAAUAAUCCAUUUCCUGAAGAAAGAGGUGAAAGUUGGCAUGAUUCUCAGAACCAGUCAAGAGGUGAGGGUUUUGCUGAUUAUUCAGGAUUUAGUGAACAUCCAAUGUAUCCAACUUUCCACUCAAGACUCAGGGAGCUGCCAGAUCAAAUUUCUUAUCCUCAUUUUUCUGGGCAGCCCAUGCGUAAUUUAGCUCCACAUCAACAAUCAAGAGGCCACUUCAGGUCUAGAGGCAAUCCAAACCGUGAAAUGUACAAUCAAAAUUCUCCAUUCCAGAAUUGUCGUUUUCGAAGCUCCGGUGUUCGCAGAUUUCCCCGGAGAAGAGGUAGAGGAGGUAGAAACAUGCAUGGUGCUCGUUACUCUGUUGCGAGAGACAGAGAAUAUAAUGAGCCAUUUCAUGAGGCUGUAGGAAACUAUGUCCCUUUUAAUGCAGAAAACACACAUUCUUCCUAUGUGCAAUCAAGGACCACUCAACAAAGAACCUUCGGUGAAAAAAGACAUAGAAAAUUCAAUGAAGAAAAUGUUAAUUCAUCUUGUUCAAGAGAAAAGAGACCUAGAAGAAUGAGAGGCAAUUACUUCCCGCCCACUAGAAGUUCACGUGAUCUUUUGCAGUUUUUGGAUGUAAUUCAUCCAGAUGCUACUGGUAGUGCAAAUUCUGGGCCUGUUGUAUCAAGUAGCGGUUGUGAUAGUAACUUGAGUGAUUUCCGUGAGAUAGGACAAAAUGCAAGUGCCUUUGCAGAAUCUGAGAGUACCAGUAGCUCUAGUUCAAGAAGCAGUUGCAGUGACAGCUGCUCCUCUGAAGGAUCAUCUGAGGAAUCUGUAAAUGGGCCCUAUGGGAAUGAAGCAGUAGAUUCAGUUUCUGUGCUUCUCAAAUCAGAUAAUUUAGAGGAUAUUGAUUCGUGUUUAAAAUCUCUGGAGAUUGUUCGCUCUGUGAAAUUUAAGGGACUUACUGCAGAAACUGGUGAACCUCUCUUAAGUAUUAAGUUUGAUUUGUAUCAACCAUCUACCCAUUUUCGAAGAUCGAAUCCACCUGUUCCUGAUUUUCGAGUGGUUGUCAUGCAGCCUGAUCAGAAUCUUCCCACAUCUCGUCAGCUGGCCUUCCUUGGUGAAGGUUUUGAAGAUGAUGUACCUUUAUUAUUUGCAAUUGCAUCAACUGAUUCUGUGGCAUUUUAUCUACAGUCUGUUGUAGAUUUGCCAACUGUCAGUGGUAAAGAAAAAAUACAAGGAAAAUGAAUUUCCUUAAAUUGUGUUUCCAAAUGUUUAAAUGAAUGUAUGCAUUUUGAGUGCAAACCAUGUGAAUAGGUUCAUACAUUUUAUGCUGAUAUUCAUAAGUUAUUGGAGAUUGUAUUAAAUUAUGUAUAUAAUAGUGUGCUGUAGUAUUUCAUAUCCUGAUUUUCUAUUUGUUUUUAAAUUGUGUUCAACACUGCUGAUGAGUGUGUUACUUGUGUUUGAAAUUAUUUCUCUUGAUAUUGUGUAUUGCCAAAUCUAAAGAUUUGAAUAAUUAAUUUGGCUUUCAUGACCGAGUUCACUUUGUAUAAUAUUGUCGUGGUAUAAUUUUUUUAUCAAUAAUAAUGAUGUGCAAUAUUGAACAAAAUUAUUUUACAUCUUUCCUUCUUUUUCUUCUGAUUAUUGUGAGUUUGAGAUAUGUAACUACUGUGUAUAUGUGUAUAUAUAUAAUUUCUUAUCUAAGGCAAUAAGAUUUGUAUUGCAUUGGACUUCCAAAGGACUCCAUCUUUUUAAUGAAGGUUUGAUAUAAUUUCUAAUGUUUCUUGUAGAUAUAAGUUUUCUAAAAUAAUGUGCUGUGACUCUGUUUUUUUGGCUGUAUUUAUUGUUUCGAUCCUGAAAUAAUUGUGUCAAAAACAUUACAAAGCAAGAAUUCAAGAUUGUAUUGCAAAAAUUGAUCAUUUGCAACAGAAAAUGCAUCUCAAUUGAAUUGGAGUAUUGUCUUUACAUUUUUAUGGUAUUAUUCACUGAAAGAUUGUCUAAUGAAAUAAAAUAAAAUAAAAUUUAACUUUGAGAAUAUGAUUUGAGAUUUUAACAUUUUUUAAAAUUUCUAGUCACAUCCGCAUUUUAAACUUUGAUUUCUUGAGAGGAAUGCUUUUUAUGCAAGUCAUUAUUUAAUGCACCUCUGUGUGUCUUUGAAUUUGAAUCUUAAUUGAAGCUCACUUUCGAUUGUUCUAUUGUUUCAAUCAAGUUGUAUAGCAUAUCAUUAGAGUGGAAUUCUCUGUUUGGAAAAUUUGACAACUGUAAUUGUAUAUAGUAGUUAAAUUGUUUCAGAGUAAAUAAAGUCUUAAUCAAAGUUUUGCAUUUCAAAAGGCAUUUACUACUGGCCACUUUCCUUUACUAAAGAAACUUACCUUUGAUGAAAGCUGAAGUAAUUCUACUUCCAAAGAAUAUUUUCAGAAUGGUUUUAACAAAUUUCUAUUCAUUUUAUAAAUAAUUUCAAAAAAGUUUCAAAAUUGAUUUAAUAUCUACAAAGAAAUAAAUUUAUAUGUAUUAAUUUUCAUAUCAGAAAACUGAUGGAUGCUUUUAGCAGAUUUAUUUGUUAAUAACAUAUUGACAAGUUCAUCAAAAGCAAUAUUUUCUUGUGACUUAUGUUAAUGUUUCUCUUUGCCAGAUCAUUAUCAUUCUGUUUUCUCAGUUCUUCUAACCUUGCAAGCUUACUUUUUACUUUUCUUAAAUUUCAAAGCUAUCUGUUAUCAUGAUAUAUAUGUUUGUUUUCUUCUUUUUUCGUUCUCUCUCUCUCUCUCUCUCUCUUUUUUUU